CAAGAUCAGUGGAUGUGUACUUUCCAGAAGCAUCCUGGUUUGACUACUAUACAGGUGAUGAAGUGCCCACUUCCUGGCAUAAGAAAUAUGUUAGUGUUGAUGCCCCAUUGGACAAGAUCCUACUCUUUCUCCGUGGAGGUUACAUUCUACCCACGCAAACACCAGCCACAACAACCACUCUGAGCCGUCUGAACCCAUUUGGACUUAUAAUUGCUCUGAAUGAAGAAGGGAAAGCUUCUGGGAUGCUCUUCUGGGAUGAUGGUGAUUCUAUUGACUCUAUUGAAAAUGAAAACUAUUUCUUGGCCAAAUAUACAUUCAGUGAAGGCCAACUGAGGACAACAAUUGUUAAAAAUGGCUACCGGGCAGUUGAUUCUUUGACUUACAACAAGCUUCAGAUUCUUGGUGUGGCCUCAAGACCUAACACUGUUGUUCUCAAUGGAAAAGUCAUCAGUAAUGAGAACUUACAGUAUCAGGCUAAUGGGAAACUCACUUUACAGAUUUCUGCACCGCUUAGUCAAGACCUGAACAUUAUACUUCAAUACAACAUUUAGUAAACAGAUAAGUGAUUUAACAUCACUGGUUCCCAAAUUUUGAUUUUGAUGUUGUCACGUCCUUGAUGUCUUAGUUUUCUCCUGCAUAUGAAUGUGUAUUACAAUAUAUAAAUAAUCAGUUCAUAUUUUUAAUGCAACAGUUCUUCAAAUAAAGAAAUGUUAUGAUCAUGUC